GUGGAGGCCAGUGAGGCUUUCUCUGUUUACAAACUCUCCAUCCUUCACGCAAAGAAUCCCAUUCUCCUUCUUCUUCUCUCUUUUUGUCGUUUUACGACACAAAAUCAUAUAUUUAUAUAUGUUGGUGAUGCACUUCUAGUUUCUUUAAGCAACAAAAACAUUUCCUCCACAUACUCUGUUUUGCUCUGCCUCUAAACUCGUAGAAGCCAUUUUAUUCCUCAAGGGAGCUGCGUGAUGACUAAUGUUGUGGAGAUUAAAGUGAAUUUGCAUUGCGACGAAUGCAUCAGGAAAAUACUGAAAGCCAUUAAGAAAAUAGAAGAUAUAGAGACGUACGAUGUGGACACACAGCUCAACAAAGUGACCGUCACUGGAAAUGUAACAGACGAACAAGUCAUUAAGGUUCUUCAAAAGGUGAGGAAAACUGCUGUUAGAUGGGACCAAGCCAAUCAAACCCUCUUCGCCAACUAGAGUCUUUGAGCAUACUUGGGUGACUAACUCUAUAUGUACCUAUGCUCAGUUUUGGCCGUUGUUUUCAUGCAUCUGUUUCAGAAUCCAUGAGGAUUAACUACAGAACACUACGUAAAAUUUCGAAUGCAUUAUAUAGUACGGUUUGUAUGCAUACUAAUAAAAUGAGAUUUAGAUCA